UGUAUGGACCUCUGAACUCGCCGUAGUGGAAGGUUUCCCUGGCUUGUCCUCAUCAGAUGUCCACUUCUGUAAGAUGUAGCUAGCUAGUGUCAAUCAUCCUUGGCUUUGUAAAAAACAAUCAUGUCGGCGAAAGUAGGUGGACCGAGAGGAUUUUAUUUCAACACAGUACUGUCUCUGGCCCGGUCUUUGGCUGCUAAUCGACCUGCUCCGAUUGAAAAGGUGCAAAAACUGCAAUGCAUGUGCCCAGUGGACGUGCGCGGUGUGUACCAGCUGGACGAGAGGAGGAGAGAUGCGGUCAUCGCCCUGGGAGUGUUUCUGGUUGAGUCAGAACUGCAGCACAAAGACACGAUCGUCCCGUACCUGCUCGGCUUGCUGAAGGGACUGCCGAGAGUGCAAUGGAUCGAGGAGAGCUCCGAGAGGAAAGGGAGGGAUACUCUCCCCGGGGCAGAGAACUUCUGCUUCUGUCUAGUCACCUUGUUGUCAGAUGUGGCACAGCAGGAUGACCUUUUGAGGCCACAGAUUCUGGAGGCGGUGAUGAACCUGAUCCAGGUUCUACUGGAGACCUGCCAGAACCCAGAUGAACAGGAUAAAGAGAGCCUGUGCAGGUACACGGUGCCGUCCUUGCUGGGCGUGGUGCGGGCGUUCGGGCGCUACAGCAACACGGACGAGCCGCUGCUCUCCAAGCUGUUUCCGCGGGCGACGCCGCAGCCGCUCCUGCUGGGAGACGACGCGGACGCGGCACGGCGGCGGUCCUUCCACGACUUCCGCUCCAUCCUGCCCAGCUCGCUGCUGACCGCCUGCCAGAGCGACACCCUCAGACGCAAGGCCAGCGGGAGCUCCAGCGUCUCUCAACAGGCCAGCCCGGAGCGAGGCCCACUGCCCCCCAGCUCCCCUGCUGAUCCCUCUGCUGCUCAGUACUUUGAAGGUUCCUACCUGCCGGACGGGAGCUCAGUGGACCCGGACUACUACUUCUCCACCAUCAGCUCCAGCUUCUCGGUGUCUCCGCUCUUCACGGGCUGCGGGCGCGAGUUCAGCGUGCCGCUGGAGAUGCUCAAGAGGCUGAUGGGUAUGGUGGAGCAGGUGGUGGACGACACCUUCCUCAAGACCAUGGACGCCACACUGGCCGAGGUCAUGGAGAAUAACCCUGGCGUUUCACUGUACUACAAAACCUUCAGUGAUCCACUGUAUGUUGCUGUAUUUAAGAUGCUAAGGGACACGCUCUACUACAUGAAAGACCUGCCCACGGCGUUUGUGAAGGAGGUGCACGACUUUGUGCUGCUGCAGUUCAGCACCAGCCAAUCAGAGCUGCAGCGCAUCCUGCACGACGUGGAGUACCUGCACAGCGAGCUCAGCCCCCUCAAGCUGCGCUGCCAGGCCAACGCCGCCUGCGUCGACCUCAUGGUCUGGGCCGUCACCGAGGAGCAAGGAGCUGAGACCCUGUGCACCAAACUGUCUGAGAAGCUUCAGUCUAAGACGUCCAGUAAGGUCAUCAUAGCACACAUGCCUCUCCUCAUCUGCUGUCUACAGGGCCUGGGUCGGCUGUGCGAGAGGUUCCCAGUAGUGGCCCACUCCGUCACCACCUCCCUCAGAGACUUCCUGGUGGUUCCCUCUCCCGUCCUCGUCAAGCUCUACAAGUACCACAGCCAGUACUCCACAGGCACUGGAGAGAUCAAAAUCCACGUCACCAACGAGCAUGCCCAGUCCACGUUCAACGUGCACCCCAACAAGAAGAGCCAGCCGACCAUGUACGAACAGCUAAGGGACAUCUCCAUCGAUAACAUCUGCAGGUCUCUGAAGUCUGGGUUGACCAUGGACUCUGUGAUCGUUGAAGCCUUCCUGGCCAGCCUGUCCAAUCGUCUGUAUAUCUCCCAGGAGGCAGAUAAGGAUGCGCACCUGAUCCCGGACCACACCAUCCGUGCGCUGGGCCACAUCGCGGUGGCUCUGCGGGAGUCGCCCCGCGUCAUGGAGCCCAUCCUGCAGAUCCUGCAGCAGAAGUUCUGCCAGCCGCCCUCGCAGCUGGACGUGCUCAUCAUAGACCAGCUGGGCUGCAUGGUCAUCACCGGGAAUCAAUACAUCUACCAGGAGGUGUGGAACCUGUUCCAGCAGAUCAGCGUGAAGGCCAGCUCCAUGGUCUACUCCACCAAAGACUACAAGGACCAUGGAUACAGGCACUGCUCGCUGGCAGUGAUCAACGCGCUGGCCAACAUCGCGGCCAACCUGCAGAGCGAGACCAUGGUGGACGAGCUGCUGGUCAACCUGCUGGAGCUGUUUGUGCAGCUGGGCCUGGAGGGCAAGAGGGCCAGUGAGAGGUCCAGCGAGAAGGGGCCCGCUCUCAAGGCGUCCAGCAGUGCUGGCAACCUAGGAGUGCUCAUUCCAGUCAUCGCAGUCCUGACUAAGCGGUUGCCUCCUAUCAAAGAGGCCAAGCCUCGGCUGCAGAAGCUCUUCAGGGACUUCUGGCUCUACUCCGUGGUCAUGGGCUUUGCCGUGGAGGGCUCAGGGCUGUGGCCAGAGGAGUGGUAUGAGGGCGUGUGUGAGAUCGCCACCAAGUCUCCUCUACUGACAUUCCCCAGUGGAGAACCGCUGCGCUCGGAACUGCAGUACAACUCCGCCCUCAAGAACGACACUGUCACCGCGGCGGAGCUGAAUGACCUGAGGAGCACCAUCAUCAAUUUGCUGGAUCCCGCAGCCGAGUCUGCUGCCCUCAUCAACAAGCUGGACUUCGCCAUGUCCACCUACCUGCUCUCUGUCUACCGGCUGGAGUACAUGAGGGUGCUACGCUCUCAAGACUCGGAUCGUUUCCAGGUCAUGUUCAGAUACUUUGAGGACAGAGCCAUUCAGAAGGACAAAUCAGGGAUGAUGCAGUGUGUGAUUUCUGUGGGGGACAAGGUCUUUGAGGUGUUUCUUCAGAUGAUGGCUGAGAAGACAAAGACAAAGUCCCAUGAGGAGGAGCUGGAGCGCCAUGCCCAGUUCCUGCUGGUCAACUUCAACCACAUCCACAAGCGCAUCCGCCGAGUGGCCGACAAGUACCUGUCUGGCCUGGCUGAGACCUUCCCCCACCUGCUGUGGAGCGGUCGCGUGCUGAAGACUAUGCUGGACAUUCUGCAGACACUUUCCCUCUCGCUCAGCGCUGACAUUCACAAAGACCAGCCAUACUAUGACAUCCCAGACACACCAUACCACAUCACUGUUCCAGACACGUACGAGGCCAGAGAGAGUAUUGUGAAGGACUUUGCGGCUCGCUGUGGGGAGAUUCUGAAGGAGGCGAUGAAGUGGGCCCCCUCUGUCACCAAGUCCCAUUUACAGGAGUACCUAAACAAGCACCAGAACUGGGUCUCUGGUCUGUCCCAGCACACAGGCCUGGCCAUGGCCACCGAGAGCAUACUGCACUUCGCUGGAUACAACCGUCAGAGCACCACGCUGGGGACUACGCAGCUGACGGAGAGGCCUGCCUGUGUGAAGAAGGACUACUCCAACUUCAUGGCUUCUCUCAACCUCAGGAAUCGCUAUGCUGGAGAGGUGGCUGGCAUGAUCAACUUUGCGGAGGCGACUCAGAGCACGUCGGACCUGAACCGGCUGAUGAUGGGUCAGCUCAACAAGGUUCUGGAGAGCGGGAACCCCGAGGCCUUCACAGAGGCCAUGUUCAAACUGGCUGCCCUGCUCAUCAGCUCUAAAGAGUGCGACCCUCAGCUGCUGCACCACCUGUGCUGGUCUCCUCUGAGGAUGUUCACGGACCACGGCAUGGAGACGGCCCUCGCCUGCUGGGAUUGGCUGCUGGCCGCCCGCACCGGCGUCGAGGUCCCGUUCAUGCGUGAGAUGGCCGGGGCGUGGCAGAUGACGGUGGAGCUGAAGAUGGGUCUGUUCUCGGACGAGCAGCAGGAGGCCGACCCCCUGGCCGCCUCGGAGGAGAGCCAGCCGGUUCCCUGCCCCCCCAACAUCACCCCACACCACAUCUGGAUCGAGUUCCUGGUGCAGAGGUUUGAGAUUGCCAAGUACUGCAGCGUGGACCAGGUGGAGAUCUUUGGCAGCCUGCUGCAGCGCUCGCUCUCCCUCAGCGUGGGAGGGGGCAAGAGCAGCGUCAACCGACACGUGGCCGCCAUCGGACCUCGCUUCAGGCUACUGUCUCUUGGUCUGGCUUUGCUGCAUUCUGACAUGGUCACCAACGCCACUAUCCGGAAUGUUCUGCGAGAGAAAAUCUACUCCACAGCGUUUGACUACUUCAGUGCGCCUCCAAAGUUCCCCACCCAAGGCGACAAGCGCCUCCGCGAGGACAUCAGCAUCAUGAUCAAGUUCUACGCCAGCAUCCUGUCGGAUAAGAAGUACCUGGCUGCCAGCCAGCUGGUGCCACCUGGUGAGCUUGGCUCCAAUCCCGUCCCGAGCACCCUGUCUGCCGGGAUUUUCGGAUCGCUAAUUGUUUCCAGCACCACUCCGAUAUCGAUCUUGAACAGCCAACAGGACCCGUCUCUGAACAGCCUGUCGGUGAUGAAUGCGGCCGACCCGCGCAGCAUGGACAUGACGAUGAGCACCCGGAGCCAGCAGAGCGGCCAGGGAUGGAUCAACACCUACCCCCUCUCCAGCGGCAUGUCCACCGCCUCCAAGAAGUCCGGCAUGUCCAAGAAGAGCAAUAGAGGAACCCAACUGCAUAAGUACUACAUGAGACGAAGGACUCUACUGCUGGCCCUGCUGGCCAGCGAGAUAGAGCGCCUGACCACCUGGUACAACCCGCUGUCCACCCAGGAGCUGGCCAUCGCCGUGGAGCAGUCGGUGGAGACUAGCAUAGCCAACUGGCGCUCCAAGUACAUCAGCCUGAGCGAGAAGCAGUGGAAGGACAACGUCAACCUAGCCUGGAACAUCGCCCCGUACCUCGCCAUGCAGCUGCCCGCCAGGUUUAAGAAUGAGGCCAUCGUGGCCGAGGUCACACGACUUGUCAGGCUGGACCCUGGAGCGGUCAGCGAUGUCCCUGAGGCCGUUAAGUUCCUGGUCACCUGGCACACCAUCGAUGCAGACUCCCCGGAGUUGAGCCACAUCCUGUGCUGGGCGCCGGCCGACCCCCCCACGGGCCUGUCCUACUUCUCCAGCAUGUACCCCCCGCACCCGCUCACCGCCCAGUACGGGGUCAAAGUGCUGCGCUCCUUCCCUCCCGAUGCCAUUCUGUUCUACAUUCCCCAGAUAGUCCAGGCGCUGCGCUAUGACAAGAUGGGCUACGUGCGCGAGUACAUCCUAUGGGCGGCCCAGAAGUCUCAGCUGCUGGCCCACCAGUUCAUCUGGAACAUGAAGACCAACAUAUUCAUGGACGAGGAGGCACACCAAAAAGACCCUGACAUUGGCGAGCUGCUGGAGCAGCUGAUGGAUGAGAUCAUCGGCGGUCUCUCCGGCCCAGCCAAAGACUUCUACCAGCGCGAGUUUGACUUCUUCAACAAGAUCACCAACGUCUCGGCCAUCAUCAAGCCUGUUCCCAAGGGAGACGAGAGGAAGAGAGCUUGUCUGAAAGCACUGUCUGACAUCAAAGUCCAGCCUGGCUGCUACUUGCCCAGCAACCCCGAGGCCAUAGUCCUGGACAUUGACUACAAGUCGGGCACUCCUAUGCAGAGUGCUGCCAAGGCUCCUUAUCUGGCCAAGUUUAAGGUCAAGCGCUGCGGAGUGAGCGAGCUGGAGAAGGAAGGUCUGCGCUGCGACUCGGAUUCCCUGGAGGAGGGCGAUGAGAACUCGGAAGCCGCUAAGAGAGUGAUUUGGCAGGCGGCCAUUUUCAAAGUGGGAGACGACUGCAGACAGGACAUGCUGGCUCUUCAGAUCAUUGGUCUGUUUAAGAACAUCUUCCAGUUGGUGGGACUAGACCUGUUUGUCUUCCCCUAUCGGGUGGUGGCCACCGCUCCAGGGUGCGGGGUCAUCGAGUGCAUCCCUGACUGCAAGUCACGUGACCAGCUGGGUCGUCAGACGGACUUUGGCAUGUACGACUAUUUUAGAAACCAGUAUGGGGACGAGUCCACACUGGCCUUCCAGAAGGCGCGCUACAACUUCAUCCGCAGUAUGGCGGCCUACAGUCUGCUGCUGUUCCUGCUGCAGAUCAAAGACAGACACAACGGCAACAUCAUGCUGGACAGCAAGGGCCACCUCAUACACAUCGACUUUGGCUUCAUGUUUGAGAGCUCCCCCGGCGGCAACCUGGGCUGGGAGCCCGACAUCAAGCUGACCGACGAGAUGGUGAUGAUCAUGGGGGGCAAGAUGGAGGCCACCCCCUUCAAGUGGUUCAUGGAGAUGUGUGUACGCGGAUACCUGGCCGUCAGGCCCUACAUGGAUGCAGUGGUGUCGCUGGUGACUCUGAUGCUGGAUACAGGACUGCCCUGCUUCAGGGGCCAAACUAUCAAGCUCCUCAAGCAAAGGUUUAACCCCGCGCUGAGUGAGAAGGAGGCGGCUGCUUUUAUGAUCAAGAUCAUCCAGAGUUGCUUCCUCAGCAGCAGGAGCAAGACCUAUGACAUGCUGCAGUAUUACCAAAACCAGAUCCCCUACUGAACAUCAUCCACAACAACUAUCAAUCUAUAUCAAAUCAUCCUUAUCAUCAUCA